UUCAGAGCACACACACACACACACACACACACACACACACACACACACACACACACACACACACACACACACACACACACACACACACACACACAUCCUGAUGGCUGAUACUUUCUCUUCAUAACCUCUUUCAUUGUCCAGCUUGUUUGAGUUCAUAUUACAGGUCAAAAUGGUGGUGCUGCAGAGGAUUUUCGGACACAGGAGAUUUACCAGGAACCUGGAGGUGGUGUCACUGCUCAUCACGGCCACUCUGUGUUUGUUAGUAAUACUGCAAAUACACCUCGAGGGCAAGAAAUCACAAACCAUAAGACAAGACAAAGUCUUGAGAAAGCAGAAACCUGAACCACAGACAUGGCCAGACAUGUUCCUAAACUCAGUCCCCAAGUGUACGCUAAACUCAUCUGCCUCCAAGAUUCAUGACUUCUCAACUUUACCUAAGAAUAUCCAAGACUUCCUGUUUUACCAGCACUGUCGGCAUUUCCCCAUGCUCCUCAACAAUCCUGGGAAGUGCGGCGGACCAAAGAACUCCGCAGAUGUUUUCCUACUGUUGGUCAUUAAAAGUUCUCCACCCAAUUACAAUCGGCGUGAGGUUCUGCGUAAAACGUGGGCUUUGGAGAGGCUACAUAGCGGUGUGUGGAUCCGCACUGUGUUCAUAUCUGGAACCACAGGAGACGGUUAUGAGAAGGAAAAACUGAAUAAACUCCUGGAGCUGGAGAACCGCGAGUACCAGGACAUUCUGCAGUGGGACUUUGAUGAUACCUUUUACAACCUCACACUGAAGCAGGUCUUAUUCCUGGAGUGGAUGGAGAGGUUUUGCCCAGAUGUGCACUUUCUCCUCAAUGGAGAUGAUGACGUUUUUGCCAACACAGACAAUAUGGUGCAGUAUCUCAAGGGCUUAGAUGAUAAUGAUGGAAGCAAACAUCUUUUUAUCGGCCACUUGAACGAAUAUAUGGAGCCGAUCCGGCAACAAGGCAGUAAAUACUUCGUCCCUGUACAAAUCCAUAAAUCAGACACCUAUCCUCCCUACUGUGGUGGUGGUGGCUUCCUGCUGUCACAAUUCACUUCCAGAGUUAUCUACAACAUGUCUCACUCCAUCCCCCUGAUUCCUAUCGAUGAUGCUUACAUGGGAAUGUGUCUGGAAAAAGCUGGACUUCAACCCAGACAUCAUAUAGGAGUGAGGACAUUCGGCCUGAACGUUCCCUCGGGUCAACAUGAGGCAUACAAUCCAUGCUACUACCGUGAGGUUCUCCUGGUUCACAGGUUCCUCCCACUUCAGAUUUAUCUUAUGUGGCAUGAAAUCCAUAGAGAAGAUUUGAAUUGUACAAAGAGAACAAAAGGGAAUGAGAAUUCUGGGCUUUUCAAGCUUUAAACAGAGGACUGGGAGGACAGAUUUGUGAAAAUCUGGGAGGACUGGGAAAGACUGGGGGUGAGAGGGGGGGACUGGGUGACAUACAGUGAGAAGCUUUUAAUUUAGAUGAUUUUAUAACCAGCCAAUUGCACACAGGCAAACUCAACUUAAACAAUGAAAGUAAAAAAUAAAACGGAAGAUGAAGUGAUUAUGGAAUGUGGCAGUCUGGGGGUUAAGGUGUUGGACUACUCAUCGAAGGUCAUGAGUCGUGAAUCCUUUGGUCACAAACCUGCCCAUGCUGGGCCCCUGACCAAGGCCCUUAACCCUCAAUUGCUCAUCUGUAUAAAUGAGCUAAAAAUGUAAGUCGCUCUGACUAACGGCGUCUGCUAAAUGCUGUAAAUGUAAUAAAUAUUUAAAGCA